GUUGGAAGUAGAGAAGGAAAAUAACCAGUCCUGACAACUCUAGAUGAGAGUGACCGACACAUCUUGGGUGGACCAUGAGGAGAGUACAGGGAACAUCUGGAUCCAGGUUUUUAGGCAUUCUACCUCAAAAGGGUUUUUGUAUGACUGCAGCAGGGACUGUGGUCAAUGCAAACCUAGAAGGAGGUAAAGGAGCUCUUAAAGCGGUCAGAAAAGGGGGUGUGGAUGGACGGGUAAAAGGUUUUGAGGAGAUCCCUCACACAGGGAGGAAUGGUUGGAUCAACCUAUUGAGGUUCUGGAGAGAAAAUCGUUUCCAGCAGCUCCACAAGCACAUGGAGAGGACCUUCAAUGCCCUCGGCCCGAUCUACAGGGAGAAGGUGGGCACUCUUAGCAGCGUGAACAUCUUGUUGCCAUCUGACAUUAGUGAGCUGUUUCACUCGGAGGGGCUGCACCCUCGACGGAUGACCUUGCAGCCGUGGGCCACACACCGAGAGAUACGCAACCACAGCAAGGGAGUCUUCCUCAAGAAUGGUGAGGAGUGGAGAUCUGACCGCCUUCAGCUCAACAAGGAGGUGAUGCUAAGCACAGCUGUGAGGAGCUUUCUACCCCUCCUAGAUGAGGUGUCGAAGGACUUCUGUGGAAUGCUGCAGACGAGGGUGGAGAGAGAGGGGAGAGGAGAGGAGGGCAAGCGGAGCCUCACCAUCGAUCCCAGUCCUGACCUUUUCCGCUUCGCACUGGAAGCCAGUUGCCAUGUGAUCUACGGGGAACGUAUCGGCCUCUUCUCCUCCUCUCCCUCGCUGGAGUCUCAAAAGUUCAUUUGGGCAGUGGAGCGAAUGCUGACAACUACCCCACCUCUUUUAUACCUCCCCCCUCGCUUGCUGCUGCGCAUCGGCGCUUCCUUGUGGACCCAGCACGCCACAGCUUGGGACCACAUCUUUAGUCAUGCUGAGGCCAGGAUCCAGAGGGCUUAUCAGCGCCUCUCAUCCUCCCAGAGUCGUCGCACUGUGACUGGGACAGCUGGGGGCCAGUACACUGGGGUUCUGGGGCAACUCAUGGAGAAAGGGCAGCUAUCUUUGGACCUCAUAAAAGCCAACAUCACUGAGCUCAUGGCUGGAGGGGUCGACACGACAGCCGUUCCUCUGCAAUUUGCUCUGUUUGAGCUGGGACGCAACCCGGAGGUGCAGGAGAGGGUGAGGCAGCAGGUGAGGACAUCGUGGUCACAGGCAGGUGGUGACCCUCAGAAAGCCCUGCAGGGGGCACCGCUGCUGAAAGCCACAAUCAAAGAAGUUCUCAGGUUGUAUCCUGUGGGGAUCACAGUGCAGCGGUAUCCUGUUAGAGAUAUUAUUCUCCAGAAUUACCACAUACCUGCAGGAACAAUGGUCCAGGCCUGUCUAUAUCCGAUGGGAAGAAGUUCCCAGGUGUUCAAGGAUCCCCUGCGCUUUGAUCCAGGCCGCUGGGGCGGCAGCAGCAAAGAGGACGGCCGGAGGGGAGAAGGGCAAGGGUUUCUCUCUCUGGCCUUUGGGUUCGGGGCGAGGCAGUGUGUCGGCAGGAGGAUUGCUGAGAAUGAGAUGCAGCUCUUGCUCAUGCAUAUCCUGCUGAACUUUCAUCUCAGCGUGCCGUCCUCAGAGGACAUCAAAACCAACGUUACCCUCAUCCUGCAGCCCGAGACUCCUCCAAGGAUCACUUUCACCAAGCUCUGACAAACAGGAAAAUAACCUUUUAUCAUCCGAGACGUCUCAUUCACCCUUUUUAGCUCAGUUUAACUCCUCACUCCUGGUUACAGCUGAGCUGGGAGCUUCAUAUCCACUCUCAUGCUUUGUAUUUAGCUACGAUGGAGACAAAUAAAGGAUCAUUUUCCUCCCC